GGAAACUACAAUUUGCGGGGAGAGAAGUCCCACCAGGGCAUGCCCCGGAGCCUGGCUGGUCCCGCGGCUGACGCACGCGGCAGGACCUCCCGUGUCCAUCUCUGUCCCCAAGCAUCUCCGCCUCUGCCCGUCUCUGUGUCUCUCUCGUCUCUCCCUGUCAUCUUCCUUGUGUCUCUUGACUGCCACCGUCUUUCUGUCUCUGUCUCCCUCCGGGUCUCUGCGGCCCGCGUCUCACACUCCGGCCCCCGCAACCCGAGGUCCUAGCCCGCCCGGGGACUCGGCUGACUCACGGACACGCCCCGCGAGACAAACAACAAACGCGCGGAGGCCGAGCGCGGAGUCCCGCACGGCCGCGCCCCUGUGCACCUGGCCCCCACCCCCGAGACGUCCCAUUGGCCGGCGCCCUAGCCUGGUCCCGCCCAAGUGGACCCCGCCCCCGCCCCGAGGCACCCCAUUGGCCGGCGUCCCCGCCCCAGCGAACCCGGCCCCGCCCCCGAGGCGCCCCAUUGGCCCCGCCGCGCGAAGGCAGAGCCGCGGUCGCCCGGGAGCGACGAGCGCGCAGCGAACCGGGUGCCGGGUCAUGCGCCGCCGCCUGUGGCUGGGCCUGGCCUGGCUGCUGCUGGCGCGGGCGCCCGACGCCGCGGGAACCCCGAGCGCGUCGCGGGGACCGCGCAGCUACCCGCACCUGGAGGGCGACGUGCGCUGGCGGCGCCUCUUCUCCUCCACUCACUUCUUCCUGCGCGUGGAUCCCGGCGGCCGCGUGCAGGGCACCCGCUGGCGCCACGGCCAGGACAGCAUCCUGGAGAUCCGCUCUGUACACGUGGGCGUCGUGGUCAUCAAAGCAGUGUCCUCAGGCUUCUACGUGGCCAUGAACCGCCGGGGCCACCUCUACGGGUCGCGACUCUACACCGUGGACUGCAGGUUCCGGGAGCGCAUCGAAGAGAACGGCCACAACACCUACGCCUCACAGCGCUGGCGCCGCCGCGGCCAGCCCAUGUUCCUGGCGCUGGACAGGAGGGGGGGGCCCCGGCCAGGCGGCCGGACGCGGCGGUACCACCUGUCUGCCCACUUCCUGCCCGUCCUGGUCUCCUGAGGCCCUGAGAGGCCGGCGGCUCCCCAAGGUGCCUGGGCUGGUGGCGAGGGGCCCGGCCACGCUUGUUCUUCCCCCUGCUGGCUCUGUAAGCGCUGAGUGCCCACCGUGUGCGGGCGCUGUGGACACAGCCCAGGAGCCCUCCAGGGGGGUCCCAGCCUGAGGGGGUGGUGGCCACCAAGCAGGUUCAAUCCUGAGUUGGGAACCUUGAGGACCCAACAGGGCGCCUCUCAGGCUGAAGGACGCAGACGUCGAAAGGUCGAGGGGGACGUCCCAGGCAGGGCCCGGCAGAGGCGGGGGCUCGGGGUGGGGAGCACGUUGGGAGGGGGGGCAGGAGCGGAGGGGAGGGGAGGUGGCCGGGGAAACGGUGACAGACGCCGCAGAACACCAGCCUCGAAGCCGGUCCCGUCCCGGGAAUCUGCAAAUACAACGCCUUGCGAGGACAAAGGCACCUGCAGGUGGGACGGAGAUGGGGGAGCAUCCAGGGUGGGGGGUCCAGGGCCCCAGUGUCCUCACAGGGUCCUCACGACAGGAGGCGGGACGGUGAGAGCCAGAGAGAGAUGGGGAUGGGCCGCGCUGUGGCCGUGAAGGGGAGGAAGGGCCCUAAGCUGAGGGACGUGGGUGCCUCCAGAUGCUGGGGAAGGCGGGAACAGUUCCGCACUGGAGCCCCCGGGAGGGACCGGCCUGCCCCUGCCUUGAUAUGAGCCCAGUGGGACCCAGUUUGGACUCUGGCCUCCAGAACCACCAGAAAAUAAAUGUCGUAAGCCAUCAA